AUGGAUAUAGGUCUUAAGAAAAAAUCAUUAAAAUUUCAUGUUAAAUCAGCUAGCACAUCAAAUAUGUUUGCAAGUCCAUAAUCAACAAAUACACCUGUUACUGGAAAGUCUAUUGCUUAAUUUGUCCAUAUUCCUUUUCUUUCUUUUAAAAGAAGUGAAAUGAAAAAAUAUAUCUAAACAGAAGAAAGAGAGUAUCUCAAAAAAAAGUAGAUCAUAGAAUCAGGUUAUUUGACAUAGAGAGGUAUGUCAAAAUUCUUAAAACCAAAUCGUAUUUACAUUUUUCUUUAUUUAGGAUUGAAAUGGCAAAAAAAUGACUUAAAAAUUCAUGAUAACAUUCUAAAAACUAAAUUAAAUAUUGCAGAUAUCAUUUUAAAUGCUAAAGGAGGCUAAUCUCGUAGAGAAUUAUUAAUUGAAAAAAUACAGAAUUAGAUUGAUAGCCCUUAAUAAAUUAUAAGUCAAAGAACUAUUAAAAGUGAACAUACAGUUUAAAUAUUUAUGGAUAGAUUAAAAUUUCAAUCACUACCAUAAAAACUAAAAGGUGAUUCUUAAUCUCCUCUAAAAACAAUACAAUCUCAAAAGUUCAUCUUCAAUUCUUCUACUACCUAUUAAACAGAAUGA